AUGGCUUUUACAGUCUCCCUGGAGACAGACACAAACAGAUACACAGGACCCUUCACUGUUGGGAAAACCCUAGUCUACAAACACAUCAUCACCAACAUGGGCAAUGUGUACAACCCCAACACAGGGUUCUUCACAGCACCGGUGAAGGGAGUUUAUGACUUCAAUUUUUACGUCUAUGGAGGUGGCGGCCCUAUUGGAAUUGGAGCUUAUCUCCGUAGGAACAGGGAGAAGCUUGUGAUGGCGUUCACCGGUGGAGAUGAUCAUUCCAUAAACGCCUCUAACGGUGUGAGUGUGCUUCUGGAGGUGGGAGAUGUGGUGGAUAUUUACCUGCCUGCCAAUCAUAGGAUAAUAGACAAUGGAAACCAUCACAGCACCUUCAGAGGUCACCUGCUGUUCCAGGUCUAACACACACUACAGGCUGACCAUUUAGAAAGUGUGUUACCUGUUGAACCAAAAGAGAGAGAA